CCCGCAAUAAGUCAGUUUUAACAAAAAUAGCUAUAUUUGGUGAGAAAAAACUUAAGCUGGCAACUCUGGAACUUAAAUAAAGAUGUUGGGAUGAUAUGUGCAAUAAUCAAGUUGAGAAAUUACUAUUUGUUGUAAAAACAAGUGCGGCAAAAAAAUUCAGCAUGGACAAUUUUGCUUUAAAAAUUGAUUUGUCAAAUUAUUUUAAGGACGCACGCAAGUGCUCCUUAGUGUCCAUAAACCGGUCAUGGUCUAACAUAAAGGAUCUUCAAGAUCACAUUCAAAAGUUGUUUCAUCUGAAUAAUAUUAGCCUUUUAACCAACGAUGGGUAUUAUCUUCCACCUAAGGAGUCCAUUUUACUGCUCAAUCCAGGACAAUCACUUAUUGCCUUUAAUCUCGAUGUAGAAGAGAGCCUUACAGAAGCUUCACACAUCGAGGAGAAUACAAGGAAAGAGACAAUAGAGCCUGUCAAAAAGCGCAAGAAUUGCUCCAACGAUAUAGAGACAGAACUCACUUGUUCUACACCACGUCCACCAAAGCGCUCCAAGCAAAAGAACGCAACUCCAAACGCGUCAGUAGCUCAUGCUUCGAUCAAAGAGAUUGACAAUACGCAUAAACAGAAAAGUAAUACUAGAACAACCAAAUCUAUUGAUGGGGAGCUACAGUUAACGAGCAUUGCUGACACCGGCCAGCAGAUUGAAGCCGUGCUUACUGUAGUGCAGACAGAUAAUAAUAAUCACAUUAUAUUUAACGAAAACGAAAUUGUGCAGGCACAAGAGUGCACCGAAGAGACACCCUCUAAGACAAUAUUUAUCUGUCCCUUAAUGAAGCUGCAUCAUAAUACUCCACGUGAAUUUAAAGGUGUGCGUCAAGAGGAGCCUAUUAAGAUACUAGAAGACAUUAUAAUAAAACCGGCAGUAGAGACAGUAAAACAAGAGAAAGUACAAAGCCCGCUGAAUUUAGAAUCAGUAGAUGUGGAAACAGUUGCUAGCGCUAAGCCUUUGGAAAUACCUGCCGUGAUUAGCUCGCCGGCUAAACAUGAGCAGUCUACAAUAGAAGCUGAGUGCAAAGUUCCUAAUGAGCAGUGUUCAAAAGUAAUUGAACAGAGUCUAUUAGAAUCAGACUCGGAAGACGAGGUCAUGGUGCUAGAUGACACCACUCUGGAUGACUCUGACUCUGAUGUGCAGACUGUGACUGAAAGAAGUACCAACGCUAAGAAAGAUACAACGCAGGAGGUAAUUGCUGAUCUGCUACAAAAUGCAGUUUCAUUGAGUGAUUUGCCAUGUGCCAACGAUACCUUGCUCUUCAAGCUGCCCAUGCCCAAACGUCAUAGCGCUGCAUCCAGCACUGGUUAUAUUGCUGGAUUAUGUACUUAUGUUAAUCGACGCACUAAGGUGGUAACGAUUUCUAUUAUAGCUUGUGCCGUUGGUCUACGCAACGUCUUAAAUAAAUAUGCCAACUCAUUGGAUGACUCCACCGAUGAAAUCUCCACUCUGAAUGUGAACUUCAAGGAGCUUAUUAAACCAAAAGUAGUUGUCACAGCGGUAGACUGAUAUACACAGACAUAUCUCAUAUUUUCUUUCUUAAACUAUGUAAUAUAUAUAACCAAAAGUAGUUGUCCCAGCGGUAGACUGAUACACACAUACAUAGCUUAUAUUUCUUCUC